AGUGUGACUUAGGAUUUACUGAUGACUUCAUAAUUUCAGCUCAAAGGUCACUUCUGAAAUCUUAGAUAAAAGCCAACACGUUUGACGCGUUUGCUUGCUACCAUUUGCUGUUGUAAUUUCCACUCUAAACAAACAUUGUUUUUUCGUGUGUUUUUAUUCCAAGUUUUAUCCAGAAUCCAGUGAUGUCAGAUAACGCUGCUGAGCAAGCUUUACAGUAUCUCCGUGAUCCUGCAGUCGUGGUUGGUUUAGGAGCUGCUGCUGUUUCUCUUGCUUACAUGGCUACGCGUCCAGAGCCUACUCCAUGUCCUGUGAAUGUUAAACAACAAUCGAUAGAGUUAUCGAACGAUAACUUUGCCCGCAGAAGUGCUUUAACAGCAGAUUUAGUGGAGUAUCUAUUUGAAGACUGUAGAACCACACAUGAAGUAUUCCUAAGAGGGGCCAGCAUUUCAGGGGAUAAACCAUGUCUCGGCCAGCGUUCCUCUCCAGAUGGCCCAUUUGAAUGGCUUUCUUAUGAUGAAGUACUUGAAAGAUCUUCAUGCACAGGGUCUGGGCUUCUAGAGCUUGGUUGUAAAAAUGUGGAGGACGAUAUCACAUACAUUGGAGUGUAUGCGUCUAACAAGAUAGAAUGGGUCCUCGUUGAGCAAGCCUGUGCUAUGUAUUCUAUGGUUAUUAUUCCACUUUACGAUACACUGGGCCCUGAUUCUUGUGUUUAUAUCAUCAAUCAAGCCAAAAUGACAACUGUGGUUUGUGACCCAGUAAAAAUCCCAUUGUUACUUGAAAGAUGUGACAAAUGUCCGACACUAAAGAACAUCGUUAAACUAAAGGGUGAAAUCAAAGAUGAGGAUAGAGAAAAGGCUGAGAAAUGCGGAAUCAAGAUCAUUGAGUAUGAUGAUUUAGAGAAAAUGGGCAAAGAAAACAAACAUGAGAAGAAGCUUCCUGGAGCUAAGGACCUAGCAGUUGUUUGUUAUACAAGUGGAACUACAGGAAAUCCAAAAGGUGCUAUGAUAUCACAUGGUAACAUAAUAUCCAUGUUGUCAGGACUGGUGAUAUUGAUUCAAAAGUGCGGCAUCCAGGUAGACAAUAAUGAUGUGCAUAUAUCUUACCUUCCCUUGGCUCACAUGUAUGAGAGACUUGCACAGCUUUUGUGCUUCAUGUUUGGUGGAAGAGUCGGUUUCUUUGGUGGUAACAUCAGAAAAAUCAUGGAAGACUUACAGGAAUUAAAGCCAACUCUUUUUAUUUCAGUUCCAAGGGUUUUGAACAGGGUUUAUGAUAAGGUAAUCAAGGAAGUGUCUGGAAGCACCGUCAAGAAAUUUAUUUUCAACACUGCUCUGAGCUUCAAGAAAGCUGAGCUGGAAAGGAAUAUUAUCAGAAGAAACAGCAUAUGGGAUUAUCUUGUGUUUAAAAAAAUACAGAAUUCUCUGGGAGGAAGAGUGCGUUUUGUCAUUUCUGGUUCUGCACCAUUACGAGAUGACGUCAUGGUAUUCUUGAGAUGUGCAUUGGGAUGCAUUGUACUUGAAGGCUAUGGACAGACAGAAACCACAGCAGCUUCAACCAUUCAGCUUGUUGGAGACAACACAUUUGGCCAUGUGGGACCUCCAAUGCCAUGUAACAAAAUCAAGUUAGUAGACGUCCCAGAAAUGAACUACUUUGCUAAAGAUGGGAAAGGAGAGAUUUGUUUCUAUGGUUACAACGUGUUUCAAGGAUAUCUUCACGAGCCUGAGAAGACGAAGGAAGCUGUUGAUGAAGAUGGAUGGCUUCAUUCAGGAGAUGUUGGCGAAUGGACCGAGAAUGGAACUCUUAAAAUUAUUGACAGGAAGAAGCAUAUUUUCAAGCUUUCUCAGGGUGAAUACAUCGCUCCUGAGAAGAUCGAGGCUGUGUAUAUGCAGUGUCCAUUGGUGAACCAGGUGUUUGUUUAUGGUAACAGCCACGAGUCCUGUAUUGUAUGCUUAGUGGUACCCGAUGAAGCUCAAAUCAAAAAAUGGGCUGCAAAGAAUGGAUGUGAUGGAGAUGUAGAAAACCUCUGCAAGAAUGAGAAAGUUCGUACUGCCAUAUUUAAUGAGAUGAUUGCAAUGGGAAAGAAAGAGAAACUAUACUCAUUCCAACAGGUCAAAGCAAUUUAUCUUCACCCCGAUCCCUUCUCGGUAGAUAAUGGCCUCCUUACACCAACCUUGAAGUUCAAGCGUCCAGAUAUAACAAAACACUUCAAGGACACCUUUGAAGAGAUGUACAGAAAACUACAGGAUUAGUGUGCUUUAAGCCGCUGAUAUAUACUGAGCUAUUCAAAAAAAAUGUUGGUGAAGGAUUUGUUGCAUUUUGCAUACCAACCCCGAAAUGCUUUAUAGGCGAUGUGAAUGCAAACAGUGAAAGGUCCAAACAAUAUACUUAAUAUGGUAUUUUCACAAAUUUUUUCCGAAUAAAUGAAUAUACGAAAAUUUAAGUUACUUUGUAAAAAAGUAUCCAAACAAUAUACUUAAUAUGAUAUUUCCACAAUUUUUUUCCCGAAUAAAUAAAUGUAUGAAAACUUAAGUUACGUGGCAAAAAAGUAUCUAAUAGAGGGAACAUUACUCUACACUGCACGUUUUUCCGGCAAAGUUUUAUAUCUGCAGGCAUUAUUUACUUAUGCUGCACGAUACUUUUCAAGCUUGUAAGCAUGCAACCAAAACCUUCACCAAUCUUUUUUUUUAAAUAGCUGUAUCGUUUGUCUGUUGGACAGUUUUUGUAACCACUAAAUAUUAUAACUAAAAGUAUAUGAUUGUUCGAAAAUGGUUCACCUAAGAAUAAAACAUCUGAAGAAAUUCUUAAAAAUAACUUAUAAUUAGAUGGGGAAAAGCUUGUAGCUAUCUUGAAGAUAUAUAUCGGGUUUAUUGUUGUUGUUUGUUUUUUUUUUUUUUUUUUUUUCAUUUUUUUUUUUUUUUUUGCAUGUUUAUGUGCUCGCGGCCAUGUUAAAUAUAAUCCCCUUACUCAGGAAUUAUCCACACGUAAAACCAUGCCAGGAAAUUGUGCAGCUGUUUUUAAUAAAGGGAAUUUAUUUCCCCGAAGAACAUGGCGAGAAAUGAUCAAGUGAUCUGUUACCGAGUUAUGGCGAUUUAAACAGAGUAACUCAUAGGGAUGCGCACACUAACGAUUCAGAAAAGAACGGACAUUUACCGGGAAAAACCGGAAAUUCCGAUUGGGAAAACGAAUGGUAUGUGUCGUUGCCAUCGGAAAGUUCCGGAAAAACAGUCUUCCGAUUGAAGUAAUCAAAUUUUCCCGCUCUUUUCGAUCCUUUUGGUAGAAGCGUGUGUAGGAAGCUAUCAUUAGCGAAUGAAUUUCCAACCUGUUGGAUUGGUUUAAAUUAUAAGCACCCUAGGUAACGUUAAAGUUAACCCAGAAAGACAACUUUUUUUCUCGUUUACUGGACAUUAAUAUAAAUCUAAGACAUAUUUUAAAGAAAAAUAAAAGAUAUAUACUCAAGUUUGACAAUAAA